UUGUCGUUCUUGUCGGUAUUUCACCUGGUGAAAGUUCUUAAAAGCUCCGCCUGAGUGGGGGAGAACCCCAGACUCCCAGAGACGUUGGUAGGUUAGAAGCAUGCCCCACACGCCAAUUGUGACAUAUUCAACAUAUAUAACAAAUAGUGACUUUUAUUGUACAAUUGGUUAGAUGAUCCCCGCUUUCUACAAUAAACAUAAAAAACAGCUGCAACAACAUUACCACGGGGAAAGGUCUUCGGCGUACAUGCGCAGAGGUACGAGAGACGGCGUCUCUAGCAUUUGGAACAUGUGGCGACCGGAACGAAAGGACUCGAUGGUCAGGGUCCCCCCCAACAUCCUGAGCAUCUCACGCGGUGGGGGCGCACGGAAUGUCAAAGGUGCCGAAUAUGCGAUGGUGCGUGUAGUGCAGCAGUGGGAUGUGCUUAUGGAAAGCCCGCUUGUCUUUGGCCCACGCCAAGGCGCAAGGAAACCCGCAAAAGUAGCCGUAGGUGGAGAGCGUAUCGUGCGGCGCCUCCGCGCUAAGCCGCACCGGCAACCGUGCAGACGCAUGCUGGAAAGGGUGGCAACACCACCAGCAAGCGUUGCACCCCAUCCUUGGGUGCGAUCUCGUAGUAAGGCUGUGGGUUUGCGUCGGACGCUGCACAAUGUCGUCCGAAGCAUCGUUAUGCGGAAGGGCAGAUGCUUUUCCAAAGUGGGGGACCAAACUACCGUUGUCUACAUAGGGAUCAUGCGGUCUCCGAGUAGAGGCGGACGUAGGGGGAUCCUUUGGGCACAAGUCAAAUGUACGGGGAACGGCAUUGAGCUUCACGAAGACAUCUUUUUUGCUCCCCAUCUCAUCUCUCCCUGUGCACCUACCUAUCCUUGUAUGGUCUUAUAUGGUGUUUGCCUUGUGGGAUACGUCGGUCAAUGGCUUUCCAAUGGCUGCAUGAUGAUCACAAGCGGAUCGUAUACAUUUGAAACCCUACGAGCCGGACUCUGCAAGUGCGGCAUGACGGAAGAUCGAGAAGAGGACGGCUAUGACGGAGACGAUCUUGCGCAAAUAGCUGAGGACUUUGAACUAGCAGAUCGUCUUAUUCCAGUUUAUAGCGAUCGUUCCCGCAAUCGGUUCUGGCUCGUUACUGAGCACUCCGGGGAGUUUUAUAGUUGGUGUCCGCCAACGUGGACGAUGGAGAAGCUGGGUAUGGGACUUGAGAAUGCGAUAGAAGCAGCAAUAGGAGGGAAGCUGCAGGCGAUGGAGGCAAAAAGCGACAGCACCGGACGCUAACCCUAACCCAACCGUUGUAGAGGGGUUCCGGAUGGCGG